AUUAAUUUAAAUAUUAUAGGAUGUCUGAUAGCGAAGAGAAUUCAACAAGUAGUCGUGAAAUUAACUUAGAAUUUAUAACAGUAAAUUGUGUGAUAAUUCUUUUUUAAUUAGGCCAAACUAUACGUUGAAUUGAUAGAUGUAAGAGAUCCCAUUUAAAAUUAUAUUGAAUACUUCCCAUAAUUUGAUUUGAGUAAAAUGUAAUAAGCAAAUGGAAUAAAUAUCUUCAAAUUGACAAGCAAACUUAAAGAAUUGGGAAUACAAUUAGAAGGACGCACAAUUUCUUAUUAUAGUUUUGAUUGCGAUAUGUAUAUAAAUUGCGGAUUGGAUCCUGUACAUUAUUCUUAUGUAAUGCCAUUAAAUGAAAUAAAAUAAACAAAUUAAUUACGGAUAAAAUGCAUACAGACAGGGGUUUCCCUUAUUCAUUUAGUGAUGUCAGAAGAAAUGAAUGAGAAAGUUAAUAAAAUGAAGGAGUAGGAAGGAAAUGAACAAUAAUAAUAAUAGUAACAUCAAGGAUAGGAGAACUAAAAGCAAUGUAGAAGAACGAAAGAAAGAAGAAUUGGAUACAUAAUUGAGAAAGUAGCAAAAUGGAGGGAAUAUUAUAAUGUAAUAAUUUUUAAUAUUGUAAGGGUAUUACAAUAGAUGGAGAGAGUAAGAGAUUUACACUUGAAGAAGCUGCUCAAAAAGUUAAUAUCUCUAAAAAGAGUUUAGAUGAUUAUUUACUAUAGAUUCGAUAUGGAAGGAAAUUCGGAUUUAAUUUUAAUGAACAUAAGAAUGAAAAAGUUGGAGUAUUAAGAGCAUUUGUCAAGAAGAAUAAUUCUUCAAAGAAGAAGAAGGUAAAACAAGAAUGAUUACCAAAUUUAAAAUAUCGA